UCUUGUUCUCGUGAAUACGUACAACAGUAGUAUCGUCGCGCGGCGCGCGGCAUCAUCCGUUAUACUCUAUUUAGCAUCUUCGUAUUACUUUUUACUUUUAUCAUUAUUUAUUAUUUAUUUAGUCGCGGUCUCACUGUCGAUUCAAUCGCAUCCGUCCAUUCGCGCGUGUUCUCAUUUAUAAACAUUUUAUUUUUUUUUGAAUUUACAAUUUAUUGCCGCCCAAACCGGUAAAAAUAUUAAACUGUAAAUUAAAUUUUUAAGUUUUAUAAUAAUUAGGAUAAGUGGCUGUUAAUUAGACGUCAAAAUUUUCCAUCAGAUUUUGAAAAUACAAAAAUGAUUUUCCAAAGUGUUUUUAUUUUGGCAACGGCAUUGACGUCAAUAAAUUCAGUGGCAGUUGGUCCAGAACCGCCGAAUGACGGAGAAUUGCCACGACAUUAUGAUUCGCGUUAUUCAAUAUUCGACAAACCUUAUACUGUUGAUUUUAAAUAUCACAAUUUUGAUAAAAUGAGCCGUUUUCUACGAGCUACAUCUUUACGCUUUCAAAAUCUCACUGCCCUUUAUUCUAUUGGAAAAUCUGUAAAAGGACGUGAUUUAUGGGUAAUGGUCGUAUCUUCUUCACCAUAUGAACAUAUGAUAGGCAAACCUGACGUCAAGUAUGUCGCUAAUAUUCACGGUAAUGAAGCUGUUGGACGUGAAUUAAUGUUACAUCUUAUUCAUUAUUUAGUAACAAAGUAUGGAUCAGAUCCAUAUAUAACAUGGCUACUAGACAAUACAAGAAUUCACAUUCUUCCGUCCAUGAACCCAGAUGGUUUUGAAGUUUCCAAAGAAGGCUUUUGUGAAGGCAGCCAGGGCAGAUAUAACGCACGUGGGUUCGACUUGAAUCGUAAUUUCCCGGACUACUUCAAGCAGAAUAACAAGAAAACCCAACCAGAAACAGAAGCCGUGAGAGAGUGGGUGUCGAAAAUCCAAUUUGUAUUAUCUGGAAGUUUACACGGGGGUGCUCUUGUGGCCAGUUAUCCAUUCGAUAACACCCCGAACGCGCUGUUUCAGAGUUAUUCAUCAACCCCAAGCAUUUCACCUGACGAUGAUGUAUUCCGUCAUUUAUCGUUAACGUACUCACAGAAUCACGGAUCGAUGCACCGGGGUGAGGCAUGUUCGCCAUCUCAACCUGGUUUCAAAAACGGAAUAACAAAUGGCGCUGAAUGGUAUCCGCUAACUGGUGGCAUGCAAGAUUUCAAUUACGUUUGGAACGGAUGUAUGGAGAUAACAUUUGAAUUGUCUUGUUGCAAAUAUCCACCAGCUGAAGAUCUUAAACAUUACUGGGAUGAAAAUCGUGUCUCCCUCAUUAAAUUUUUGGCAGAAGCACACCGGGGUGUGCAUGGAUUCGUAGUUGAUGAAAAUGGAAACCCUAUUGAAAGAGCGUCUGUCAAAGUCAAAGGACGAGAUGUCAGUUUCCUGACAACAAAAUACGGGGAAUUUUGGAGAAUUCUCAUGCCUGGAAUUUACAAACUCGAAGUUUACGCUAAUGGUUACGCUCCUCGUGAAAAAGAUUUUGUGGUCAUUGAACAACAUCCGACUCUUCUUAACGUCACAUUACCCAGCACCAAGAGACAAGACGACGGCGUUGAUGGACACUUCGGCAACGGAGCAGUACGUCCUUAUCCUCACCGAGACUACACACUUCACAUCCGGCCAAGUGGAUCGACUUAUUCCCCAGUCUCUGAAUCAAACAACGGAAUUUUUUCAUCAAUCAGCAAUGGUUUCAAUUCACUCGUGAGUAAUCUGUUUGGCUGAUCGUCUGCCUAUCGACCGGCGACACGAAACGUCGCUCUCCUCAUCAUCCUCCUCUCGCUAUUACGGUAUUUGGGCAACCGCGAGCUUUUAAGGCUCAUCGGGAUCAUCGCCACUGGGAGCUACAACACGUGACCUUCUGACCGCGAGUGUUAAUUUUAAAAAUAAUUAUUUAUUUAUUUAUUUAUUAUUAUCAAAGUUUCGUAAAAACUGGUGAGGAGUUUUCUUAAUUAAAUACAUUUACUAAAAUUACAAAAGACUUUUUUUUAAAUUUUACUAUUGUGUACAAUUAACUAUUUAUUGAUAUUAAAACAUUUAGCAUUACAAUUACUAAUAUAAUACCUCGUAAAUUAUUUGAAAAUAUGAAAUAGUAAACGAUUUGAAAAAUUAAAAAAACAUUCAAAUAUUUUGAGUUAGAGACAAAGUGUUCACUCUUAUUGCAAUAGUUUCGAAAAUAUAUAUAAAUAUAUAUGGCAAUAUGUGAAAAAACAUAACAAAGUGA